GCACGAGACAAUCCACUGCCCCCAGGCUGUGGCUAAAAUUAGCGGAAAAAUCAAAACAAUCCGUUUCGUUAAGAUAAUUAAUGACACGGGAUAAAAAUAAGCGGAAUAUAAGCCAAUAUAUACAAACCAUAAAAUAGUGUUUUUUACAACAACAAAGUGUCAUACACUUUGGCACAGUGCGUUGUUUCUGCGAGAUCGUCUUAUAUAAGACGUCCGUAAAGAACCCGGAAAUCGGCCAAGUGGCGAAUGGAUUCAGAAAAAGUGGUUCGCGCAAUGGCACGUUGGUGGCAGACUGUUAGUCAGGAGGAUGGCGAUCCAAACUCUCACAAUCCAAUGCUCUAUGAUCCCCUGCAGGAUGGUGUGGUGAAGACUUCAAAAACCCGUCAAUAUCUGGCGGCGUUAAUAAUUUGCUUGGGUGCGGUUGCUGCAGGUACUGCUUUGGCCUGGACGAGUCCAGUUCUGCCCAAGAUUACGGCUAAUGUUAACAGCACAGCGAUCACCAACUCAACUAUUGGUAACUCGACAAUUGGUAACUCCACAAUUGGUAAUUUGACUAUUACCAACGGAACGACUCCCACUCCGUUGCCCAGUGAUGACCGCCUUCAACUGACUGUCGAUCAGACAACAUGGGUCAGUUCCCUGCUGGCUAUCGGUGCCUUCCUCGGAGCCCUUCCCAGCGGAUAUAUAGCGGAUACAAUCGGCAGACGGUACACCGCCAUGGUCAUGGACGUGCCUUUCAUUUUGGCCUGGAUUUCAAUUAGCUUUGCCCAAUCGGCCGGCUGGCUCUACGUGGGCAGAUUUCUGAUUGGUAUUUCCACGGGCAGCUUCUGUGUAGUGGCUCCCAUGUACAUAUCGGAGAUUGCAGAGACGAGCAUUCGAGGCACCUUGGGCACUCUGUUCCAACUGCUCCUCACGAUCGGCAUUUUGUUGGUGUAUGUGGUGGGAUCGAUGGUCACGUGGCAAACCUUGAGCAUGCUCUGCCUUUUGAUACCCAUUGCUCUGUUCUGUGGCCUGCUCAUCCUGCCAGAGACCCCAGUCUAUCUGCUUAAGAAGGGUCGCCGUUCCGAGGCCGCUCUCUCGUUGAAAUGGCUGUGGGGCCGCUACUGCGACUCCCGUAGUGCCAUCCAGGUGAUCCAAAACGAUCUGGAUCAAACCGUAGCAGACGCCUCUGUCAUGGACCUCUUCAGCAAUCGUGGCUCCCGUAAUGGCCUAAUAAUCUCCGCACUUCUGAUGGUCUUCCAGCAGUUUUCGGGCAUCAAUGCGGUGAUCUUCUACACGGAGUCGAUCUUCCAGUCGGCGGGAAGCUCCCUCAAUGCUUCGCUCUGCUCCAUUAUCGUGGGUGUGGUGCAGGUGAUCAUGACCCUGACUUCAUCCCUGCUUAUCGAGAAGGCUGGACGCAAAAUACUGCUGAUCUUCAGCAGUACGGUGAUGACCAUCUGUCUGGCCAUGCUCGGCGCCUACUUCAACAUGAGUAAUAGUGGCAAGGAUGUGUCGGCCAUCGGCUGGUUGCCCCUGCUCUGCGUGGUGCUCUUUAUUAUCAGCUUCUCGGUGGGAUACGGCCCCAUUCCCUGGCUAAUGAUGGGCGAACUCUUUCUGCCCGACGUCAAGGGCAUCGCCGUUUCCCUCACUGUCAUGCUGAACUGGCUGUGCGUGUUCGUGGUGACGAAAUGCUUUAGCUCCAUGAACGAGUCGCUGGGUUCGGAUGUCACCUUCUGGUUCUUCGGAACCUGGAUGGCAUUGGCCACUAUUUACGUGGCCAUUGCCGUGCAGGAGACGAAGGGCAAGAGUGCUAGCCAAAUCCAAAACUGGCUCAGUGGUCGCUAGGUAGCCCGCAAGGGUAUCCUGGAUUUUAGAAUAGUCUAGCUAAAUGCCAUUACACUCGUAGGUGAAUAAGCCGGAAAAACAAGGAAUGAGAUAGAUAAAUACCUUUGUAAAUGAGAUAAGAUCCAGAUUACAUAUAUUAACUUGGGAUGUAAAAGGAAGAAAUCCUUGGGAUCUAUCUUUACAAGAAUGCUUACUACUUUGUGUACUUUGUAUAUUUCAAAAAUGCAAGCUAAUACAUUCUUCUCAUAUGCUCGCAAAGGUAAUAAUUGGGAUCCGAGGACAUUAUCACGCAAAAAGUACAAUUAAACAUAUCUAUGUUAUAGCAUGUGCCUUAUGUUUCAAUUGACUUUCACGCUUACAUUAAGUGUAGUGCAACUAGUUCCUAAGUACUCAUUUCCGAAAUGAUUUGAUUUCGCCCUUAAAAAGAAAACUCGCCACCUUCUCUUUUUUGUAGAUCGUUUUUGUUGUAAAUAAAUAUAUUUGUUAAGAUGGCAAAGACAUGUAAAUUAUAUACAGAAAUAAAUGCACAUAUAUUUGAUAAUAAA